GUUAAGCGCCUAUAGUAUAUUUCGCUGUCCUGGGUAGCAAUCAUAGGGGGACGGGGAACCCUGCGCCUUGGCAACGAGGCCCUUCAGGUCUGGCGAUCAGGGUUCGGAGGAAGCUUGGCGGGCAGCUGGACGAAACGGCACAUGGUGCUCGAAACAUAUGGCGCUUGAAGCGUAUGGCGUGAGGAGGCUGGGCGGCAGCGAUGUAACUCUGCCAACGCGCCCGCGGUACCUCUCAGCGGCCGCUGGGAGCUGCUAGCGCGCUGGGCAAGCUGGUCUUUCCCGCCCCGCCGCCGUCUGUGGACGUGGCCCAGGCCCCUGCCUCCCCGGCAAUGCGGCGCAGGUCAAGUGCAAUACCUGCUGGCUCGGCAGCCGUGGGAGCGCUGCGGCGGCCCACAGGUGCGGGCGGAGCCGAUGGGCACACCCACGGGCUCUGGAGACCUGGCGGAGGCGAGGUGCAUCUGCAGGCGCUGCUGGAGACCGCAUGGCCCAAGCGAACGACAGUACGGUAGUGCGGGUGGCCUGGCCUGGCUGCAUUGGCGCGGCAGGAGGCGUGAGGGCGGUACGGGUCAGGCUGACUGCCCACAGCAGCUGUGCGCGGUGGCAUGCAGCAGGGGGCAGGUAGGUGCCCGAGCGCUUGGUGUUGUGGCAAGCAGGUGAAUGCACAUUGAGCAGCGACUGGAAUGUCCGGUGCAGGCGCGGGCACGCAGAGGCUAGCAGAACAGGGAUGGCGGGCGGAGGCAUGCGCCGUGUGCGCAGCCAACCCGCAGCCGGGUACAUGGACGCACGUGUGGUAACAGCUGUGGUCGCCGUUUACACUCCUUGGUCCUACCCACAUGUGCACCGCAUUGCAGGGGACUCCUAUGCCGAGAAGCUCAGCGUUAGCUGUGCAGGAGCGGGCGUGCGGGAGAGGAACGGAGGCGCGCUGGGGACAGGGGGGUGGCACGGCGCAUCGGCUCGAGCUGGUGCAGGAGGUGGGUGCGGCGGUGGAGGGGGCGUGGUGGGGCCUGCGUGUGCGGCGGAGGCUUCGCGAUGUGGGCCACCGGCCUGUGCGAGCUAGCGGGAUGUGGGUAAGCGCCGCGCGAUUUGGGUACAGAAUACUGAAUUACAAUUA